AUGAGGGUCAUCGUACUCACGCUUUGCCUUAUUGGGGCUGUAUUUUCCAAACCUAUUUCAAUUAAUGGAGUCGCAGAAUCCAGUGAAUCAAGUGAAUCAGCCCAGAAUGGAGGUUCUUAUGUUGCACAACUCUAUCAACAUUCUGCAUACCACCAACAGAAUGCAGGUUCGCAUGAUACACAGUCCUAUCAACAUCACCCCUACCAUGAUCAGCAGAGCUCUGAAGAAAAUCAACAUCAAUCUCAAUCUGGAGGUUCAAAUGAUCCACAAUCCCAUCAACAUUCCCCCUACCAGCACCUCCCACAGCCGCAAACUGAAGGCUCAUAUGAUCAACAGUCUUAUCAGCAGUACUUAUACCAAUACUACCAGCAGGCUUACAAUGGAGAUUCCUAUGAUCCACAAUCCUAUCAACAUCACAUCCAACAGUACCAAAAGGGUUGGGAUCCAGCUUCUGCGAGUGCUGACAACCAGGUCGCAAGUCAGUCAGAGCCGCACACAGCCGAUGUCAGUGAAACCACAAGUGAAGAAGGGGACAACGGAAACACAACUGACACUGCUGUCAAAGACGUGAGCACCAGCAGUGAGAGCAAUGAGUUAAGUGACAUAAGCCAUGCCAUCAAGGGCCAAGGGGAGAAUCAUGCAACUGACAAAAGUGACAGCAUCAGCGACGAAACCAAUCAAAACGUUGACAGCUCAAGUAGUGAAAGCACUGAGAGCAGUGACAUCACUGAGGCCAACAAAAAUGACAGCAACGAGUCAAACGAGACCUCUGGAAAGUCUAGUAAGGCCAGUGACAGCACAAGUAGUGAAACAAGUGACACUCAUGACAGUCAAAGUGAGGAAAGCAAUGAGGCUGACAACAACAGCGAGAGUGACAGCAAUGAGAGCGCCGAGUCUGUACAGCCCAGCAGCACCCCCAGUAUUGAAACCCAUCAGACUGCUAGGGUCAGUGAAGUUAGAUAUGAUAUCAAGAGCUCAAUAAUAGGCGAUGUAAUUGAGAGCACUGAGAGCUCCAGUGAAGAAACCAUUCAGACCAGCCUGAACAUUGACAUUACUAGCGACAACACCAAAACAAGCAUGGCAAGUGACAUCAGUGAUAUUGGUAAGGCCAGUGAUAGCAGCGAGUCCAAUGAAAGCACCAAUAGUGACAGCAAUGGCUCAAGUCAAACCGAUGAUAAAAGUUCUACCAUCACGAGCCCACUGGUGAAUUACGUCAUUUACAAAAGUGGGAGCAUCAAUGGGCAACCUGGUCAGACCAACGAGGGUAUCGACGGAACCAGCAGUGAAAGCAGUGAGACCAGUAUGGCUAGCAACAGCACAAGUAGUGAAAGCAGUGAAACAAAAGGAGCUGGUGACAGUUCAAGUCAAGAAAGCAACGAGGCAGACAACAGCAGCGAGAGUGCCAGUAAUGAAAGCACCGAGUCCAGUCAGGACAGUAACAACCCCAAUACUGAAACCCAUUUGACUGAUAAGGUCACUGAAGUAAGUUUUGCCAUCAAGAGUUCGCUGGUAAAUGAUUUGAUUGACAACAGUGAGAGCGCCAGUGAAGAAACAACUCAGACGAGUGACAUCAGCAGCAAUGGAAGUGUGAAUCCUGAGAUCAGCGAAAUAAUCAAGUCCAGCGAAAGCAGCGAAUCCAACGAGAACAUCAGUAGUGACAGCCAUGGAUCAAGUCAAACCGAUGACCAAAGUUAUACCAUCAGAGCACCAUUGGUUAAUAAAGUUAUUUACAAAAGUGGAAGCAAUGGUGCGGAAGCCGGUCUGACCAACGUAGGUGGUGACAAAACCAGCAGUGAAAGCAGUGAAACAAUUGACACUCAUGACAGCAAAAGUCAUGAAAAUAAAGAGGCAGACAAGAGCAGUCAGAGUGCCAGUGAUGAGAGCACAGAGUCUGUUGAGGUCAGUAAUGGUGAAACCCAUGAGACAGCUAAGGUCAGUGAAGUAAGCUAUUCAAUUAAGAGCUCACUGGUAAGUGAUGUGAUUGACAGCAGUGAGAGUAGUGAAGAAAUCGCUCAAACCAACAUGACAGGUGGUAUAACCAGUAACGACAGCAGUGAAUCUAGUGACACCAGCAGCCAUGAAAGCAGUGGAUCCAGUGAUAUCAGCAUUCCUAAAAACAGUGGACUCACCAAGGCCAGUGACAUCACCAGGCAUGAAAGCAGUGAAUCAAAUGAGACUACCAGUGGAGCCAGCAAGGACGGUGACUCAACCAGUCUUGAAAGCAGUGAGUCCAGUGAUACCUCAAGUCAUGAAAGCAGCCAAUCCAUCGACAACACCAGUGAGGAAAACAAUGGAACCACUAAAGAUAGUGACUCCCCUAGUGAUGAAAGCAGUGAAUCAAAUGAGACUACUACCGAAUCCACCAAGAACAGUGACUCAUCCAGUCAUGAAAACAGUGAAACCAGCAAGGCCAGCAACAGUCAUGAAAGCAAUGAGAUUCACCAAAGCAAAGGCGUCGCAUGUAAUGAUGCGAAUGAAAGCUGCGAGAGCGAAGAAUAUUUCUUUCAGGACAUAGGCGAUGACGCCCACUACACGGUGGAUCAUCUCAUGGUGCUAGAUGAAGAUGAGAUGGAGUUACGCUUGCGGAGAUGACCUCACAUAAAAAGUUCCCCGCAAUACCUUUAAGACUGUAGAAAAGCUGUUUGAAGGUAUUAAAUGGACCAUAAGCUAUUUCUAUUUCUACUUCUGAAUGUUGAUCGUGGCAUCAUGUUACUGUGUUUACUGAAAAUAUUUUGUACUUAUAUUUACCU